GCGGACCACGGUUGUGCCGUCAACUUAUCAGAGAACUACUUACUACUAAAUCCGUUUAGAAGUUGUAUCGAUUUUCUCUGUAGAACACAUAGAUUUAGGGAUCCAAGAAGUGAUACAAUCAAUCGUGGAAAACACGUGCAGAAAUGGAUUUUAAUCUUUUUGGCGGCUCAUACAAACCCUUGAAUUGCGAAGGAGUUCAGUUUUAAUCGUGCCAAUACAUUCAGAACGAUUGGCGCAUCGUGACUGCCAAUUUAGCAGACGUGUGUUAAGUUGCAUUUAUUUCAUCAAAACAUUGAUCCUGAUUGAUUAAUGUGAAGGAAUAGAGCAACGUCGGUAUUUUCACAAUAUUAGUUAAGCCUACCUGAUGUAGCGUUCUACUGAUCACUCACUCAUUACUCUAAUCGCUCAACAUUGAAUCGUAACGUUUUCUGCUAAGGCAUGUUACGUGGAGCUCCACUCGUAUUUGUGCUUAUAACAUGUGUGUGUGCCCAAGGUGUUGACAAUGCUCCUCCCGAAUUAGACGCACCCCCGGGACGGUUGUUUCGGCUAGACCCAGUUGAGAUCGGAUUUGAACGCGUGCUGGAGUUAGAGCCUGGGAAAAUGUUUACUGUUCAGACAGUGUCAAUGAAACCUCCUGUGUUUGAAAUACUUAACUUUCUUUCGGACUCCGAAUGUGAUCGCAUUAGGCAUAUCGCAUUAGAAGAAGGCCUUGAUAACAGCACAGUGGCAGAAGAUCCUCAAACGCGUUUCACCGCUACACAGGGGUUAGAUGAAACACAACAGGUGACGCAAGACAAAGAUGACCAAAUCCUCAGAAUGUUUGAGGAGUUUGAUUGGAGUCAGGACGGUCUCCUUGACGCUCGAGAGGUGCGUGAUAUACUUCCCCCAGAAAGGAAUGCGUUUAUGUCCCUUAGAGAUAUACACGAAUUGUUUGCAGAUCUCGGUAUAGACAGGAACUCGGACGGCUUCCUUGAUCUGGACGAGUAUAAGGUGACAUCGGAAGCAGAUAUUCGUGAUUGGAUGCAAAAGAAGAUGAAUUCGGACAAAACUAGGGUUACCAGAGAAAGCAAACAAGUCUGGUUAUCUCAAAACGAUGCACAGGACGUUGUUCUUAGAUCAUUAAGGGAACGGGUGAUAGCUCUGACGCGCUUACCUCGUACUCUUAUUAAGGGAAGUGAAUUAUUACAGGUAGUGAAAUACAGCGUCGGGGGUCACUAUCAUGCUCACUACGAUUCUGAAGAUAUUAACUCCGACAUGCCGUGCCAUCAUUCGACGAUAGAUUAUGACGAACAAAACGACGAUCUUUUCUUACGGAAGCACCGCCUUUGCAGAUACAUAACUAUAUUGUACUACCUAAAUGACGUAGACGAUGGAGGAAAAACAGCAUUUCCUUUGGCGGACAAUGAAACGAUCAACGAUGACGAACUAAAUGAAAAUAGCGAUACUAUUUAUGACCUGAGCCAUCAUUGUAAAGAUGCUAAACUAAUUGUUGAACCAGUCAAAGGUAAAGCUGUUAUGUGGUACAACCAUCGUUUGGAUGAAACAGGAUGGUUGGGUGAAUUGGACAUGUUUGCUCUACAUGGAGGGUGUGACGUACACUCGGGGACUAAGUGGAUAGCAAAUAAUUGGAUAAAUGUUGAUAACGUUCGUGAAAAACAAGAACAAUAUCAAAAGAAACUGGAAAGUGAAGUUGAUCUGGAAUUUUACGAUGAAAAUGAAAUGAGAAUAGAGGUAGAAAAUGAAUAUGUAAAAAAUGUAAAUGAUGACGUUACAAAAUCAGCAAUUCUAAACGCUGAAAAUGCUGACGUCACCAGAAGUAAAUUAAAAACCGAAGAACCUAGAAAUGUGCACGCAAACGACGAGUUAUGAAGGACAAUAUGUGAAACUCGUAGGUGAUCAAGUUUACUUCAGUUAGGAGUCUCAUGACACAAGUCUCCGUUGGUAGGGAGGGGGAACUGUCUUAUACAUAUUCAUUAAAGAGGGAGAAGGGGGAGGGGAAUCGCUAGCUGGACAUCCAGAUAUCACAAUAGAGAACAUUUAUGAAACCUUGAUUUUUCAUCUACACAAAUAUUUUAUUUAAUACCUCUAUGGCAAACUUUACAGUAUUCUGUUAUUGGUUCUGUUAUAUGGAGUUUGUCGGAUAUGAUUUAUGAGUUGUCUUGUAUGUAAAUUUACAUUUUACUUGUUGUUUUUGACCUUUUCAUACUCAUUAAUAUUAAUGCUGUUUAAAUUUGUAUUUAUAUUUUGUAUGCCUUUAAAGAUUUCUCUUAACACGUUUUAUGAACAUAACAUGAAUAAAUGACAUACCAUCGAAAGG